AUCAUUAAUAAUUAAAUAAGUAGCAUUAACCUUGUUACAAUUUUUGACGUAAACAAAUAUUCAAAUGUUUUACAGUCUUUAACUUGGCAACACUGUUAUUUGGCAACUAAACGUGAAUGUUAUAAAAAUUAUAGAAAAUGUCACGUAAACAAGAAAUAAACGGAAAUAAUACAUUUUUGGGAAAACGUAAAAAAAGUCGUACCAAAAAAACGUCAUCCAAAACACAUUUACAAAAUUGGAUUGAUUCAAGUAGUGGUGAUGUCUAUGAACAACAACAACAACAACAGCCGCAACCACAACAUUGUAAUGGAAUGUCGCCAAAUUAUAGCCCAUAUUGGCAACCAAUAAUACCAAAUCAAAGACUUUAUCCAGCUGUAUCCGAUCCAUCUGUUUGUAAUUAUCCAAUGGGAAUGCCGUUUCGUUAUCGUGUUGAACCAACUAUGUCGUUACCUGUGUAUCCAAUGUAUCAACCUUGGCAAGCUGGUUCAAAUACAAAUAUUAGUCAUCAACCUAGAAUGAAGCCGAAAUUGGCUACGUCUACAGAUAGCGUUUAUAGUUCGAGUAAAAAUAAUGAUUCAUUACAUAAUCAAGAUUUUACAAGUUUACCACCGGUUAUUGAUCGUUUAAUUGUUGAAGAUUCUGACAACAAACGUCGAUUCAGUGAUCCAGGUUUAGGACCUGGUAUUAUUGUUGACAGUGACGGAAGUUCAGGUCGUAGUUCAGUAUUAACUGUUGAUAAUAAAGAGAAUGGACUUUUAUACACUUUAAUUGAACAAGUAAAUGCCUUAAAAGAAAGUAAUCGAAGACUAUUUAGAGAGUUACAUGAAACAAAAUCGGAAUUGAAUGCAUUGAAACAACAAGCAUCGGCCUGGACACGACGAGAUCGAGAUUAUGAACCAGGAAGCUUAGCAGAGGUGAUUCGUGAAGUACGCGAUGCAGCCAAAGUCCGUGAGGAUGCUUUAAUUACAAAAGUUCGUCAUAUGAUUGAAGAGAAAAACUUUAAUCGGUCAUACUUUUCACCAAGCCUUAACUCAUCCAGAGAAAUUGAUGACUUGCGGAUUCAAUUAAAGGAUGCACAUUUGGAAAAGCAACGUGACAAAGAUCGAUUAUCUAAAUUGGAAGAAGAAAUACGUAAUCUUAAAAUUAAUACUUCAAGAACUGAAUUAGAAGAUAUUCCUGAAGGAAACGUAACAAAAAAUUUGGGUAAUAUAAAUUUGACAUCAUUUGAAAAUAAAAAGAAACCAUUGUGGGGAUUUUUAAGUAAUUUCUUAAAUUCAACAACUGGUGAUAAUAUUGUACAAGGUACUCCAGCAAUCGAGCCAGAUGGGGACGAUGAAAUUGUUGAUUGUAGUAUGACGACUAAAAAUACUCCAAUUAGUAACGAAACUUUUGAUUCUUGUACACCACCAUUAACAAGCAGUUCUGAUAAAAUCGUUAAUUCGACUAUGGCUGAAACGGUAUCGUCAUUGGAAAAUAAUUCGGAGAUUCAAGGUACAACUCAAGUUUUGGAACUUGAACAAGAAACACUACAAUUAAGACGUGAUUUACAAGAGGCUGUAGAUGGACGAAAAGAAGCAGAAGCAAAAAAUAUGAAAUACGAACGUCAAUUUCACCUGCAUCAACGUAUUCGAAGUAACACGUCAUCGCCAAAUGAAACAAAAAUCAUAAAUACAACACCAAUAUCAUCCGCAUCAACAAAUCCAUUCGAAACGAAUUCCUUUUUAGAAGAUUGUGACAAUAAUAAAAACGAUCAUAAUAAAACUUCACCGCAACAAAAACAUCAACCAAUUGAACAUCAUCAUACUACGACUGGAAUCAAUUUUGAAACUACAUCCCCAUUGCAUGUAACAUUAUCGGGCCCGGUUACUGAUCUCUGACGUCAGUUAUAUUCUAUCACAUAUUCGACAUCAAUCAUUGCUGCUAAUA